UGCGUUUAUACAAAUCACAAGGCAAGAGCCACACCAAAAAGUACAAAUCACAAGGUAAGAGCCACACCAAAAAGUCAAAAACAUCCUCCAUUCCUUCUCAUCACGCUCUCUGAGAGAGGACAUGGCCAGUUUUUUUCGCGCUCGGCGCGUAGGGGUCACGGCUGCCUCGCUCGCCGUCGCUGUAGGCGGCUCCUAUGUAGCACUACGUGAUCCUUACGUAUCCUCUAAUGAUCGGAAUGGCAGUGGUACAGCGCUAGAGGCAGUUCGGAGGAAGAUCACAGACCCUGUUGCGGUUAUACCUUCUCGUACCUUACAGGAGUCAUCUCUGAUCGCUGCUAAUUCUUCUAACCCGCUCGACAUUCUUGUUGUCGGCGGAGGCGCUACAGGAUGCGGCGUCGCUCUUGAUGCGGUCACCAGAGGACUACGCGUUGGGCUUGUGGAACGAGAUGACUUCUCUUCUGGAACGUCGUCCCGCUCCACCAAGUUAAUUCACGGAGGUGUUCGCUACUUGGAAAAAGCAGUAUUCAAUUUAGAUUAUGGGCAACUAAAGCUGGUAUUUCACGCAUUAGAGGAACGAAAACAGGUUAUAGAUAACGCCCCACACCUAUGCCAUGCAUUACCCUGCAUGACACCAUGUUUCAGCUGGUUUGAGGCGUUAUACUACUGGGUGGGGUUGAAAAUGUAUGAUCUGGUAGCAGGAAGACGCCUCCUUCAUCUUUCUAGAUAUUACUCUGCACAGGAGUCCGCUGAACUUUUCCCUACACUUGCAAGAAAGGGUAAAGACAGAAGCUUGAAGGGUACAGUUGUCUAUUAUGAUGGACAAAUGAAUGAUUCACGCGUUAAUGUUGGAUUAGCAUGCACUGCUGCUUUAGCUGGUGCUUCUGUUCUUAAUCAUGCUGAAGUUGUAAAUUUGAUUAAAGAAGAUGGUGGGGACCGGAUUAUAGGAGCAAGGAUACGCGAUAACUUAUCUGGCACGGAGUUUGAGACGUAUGCGAAAGUGAUAGUGAAUGCGGGUGGACCAUUUUGUGACUCUGUUCGAAAACUAGCUGAUAAAGAUGCGAAACCGAUGAUCUGUCCUAGCAGUGGGGUCCACAUAGUUCUCCCCGACUACUAUUCUCCGGAAGGAAUGGGUUUGAUUGUCCCAAAAACAAAAGAUGGCCGUGUUGUGUUCAUGCUUCCAUGGCUCGGAAGAACAGUCGCGGGGACCACCGAUUCCAACACCUCCAUCACCAUGCUUCCGGAACCUCAUGAAGACGAAAUUGAAUUCAUACUCGAUGCCAUUUGUGAUUAUCUCAACGUUAAGGUAAGGCGCGCGGAUGUUUUGUCUGCUUGGAGUGGCAUCCGGCCUUUGGCAACCGAUCCAAAUGCAAAGAACACAGAGAGCAUUUCAAGGGAUCAUGUUGUGUGUGAAGAUUUUCCUGGUUUGGUCACCAUUACUGGUGGAAAGUGGACUACAUAUCGAAGCAUGGCUGAAGAUGCAGUUGAUGCAGCUAUAAAGUCAGGGAAUCUAAACCCGAAAAACACGAGUUUGACAUCAAAUAUACGACUUGUGGGAGGAGAGGGGUGGGAUCCUGCGUUUUUCACAGUUCUAGCUCAAGAAUACGUACGGAUGAAAGUUGCACAUAAUGGGAAAAUUGUUCCUGGAGUUAUGGACACUGCAGCUGCUAAACAUUUGUCCCAUUCCUAUGGCACCAUGGCUGAAAAAGUAGCUUCCAUAGCUCAGAAAGAGAAUUUGGGGAAACGGUUGGCCCAUGGGUACCCGUAUCUUGAAGCUGAGGUGGCGUAUUGUGCACGAAAUGAAUACUGUGAAUCUGCGGUUGAUUUUAUCGCGAGGAGAUCACGGCUUGCUUUUUUGGAUACUGAUGCAGCAGGAAGAGCACUGCCACGUGUCAUUCAGAUAUUGGCGGAUGAACAUCGUUGGGAUAAAAAGAGGCAGAAGGAAGAGUUUCAGACUGCAACGCGUUUUCUUCAAUCUUUUAAGUCGUCAAAGAAUGCUCAGUUUUAUGAUGGGAAACAUAUAUAAUCAUAUGUCUUUCAUCACUCAGUUUGAUUUCAAACCUUUAAAAGUUUACACAAUGAUUUUAUCUGAUUGAUUGUAGUAUUAUAUUAUACAUUAAUCAUUCAGAUGAAGAUUAAGAAGAUAGGUCAGGUCUUUUAUAUACAUGUAUUCACAUUAAUUUAGAAAUAUACAUGUAUUCACCUAUCAAAAUGUUUAAUGCCAGAAUAAAUCAAAGUUCUAA